CGGCGGCCGGAGGAAACCACCAGCAAGCAGCAAUGGCUGGGUAUCUGAAGCUGGUAGGCGUUCCCCUUAAGGUUCGGAGGUUACAUACAGCAGUGUGUCACUACAGGGGCCGGACUGGCGCCGAGCACUUGUGGCUCACGCGGCAUCUCAAGGACCCGUUUGUGAAGGCCGCAAAGAUGGAAAGUUACCGCUGCCGCAGCGCCUUCAAGCUCCUGGAGAUGAAUGAGAAGCAUCAGAUCCUGAGGCCCGGUCUCCGGGUGCUGGACUGCGGGGCAGCUCCGGGAGCCUGGAGUCAGGUGGCAGUGCAGAGCGUCAACGCUACGGGCGCAGAUUCCAGCUCUCCUGUGGGCUUCGUGCUUGGGGUCGAUCUUCUUCACAUAUUCCCUUUGGCGGGAGCAACUUUUCUAUGCCCCGCUGAUGUGACUGACCCCAGAACUUUCCAGAGAAUUCUAGAACUGCUUCCCAGAAGGAGAGCAGAUGUGAUUCUGAGUGACAUGGCACCGAAUGCCACGGGGAUCAGAGGCCUCGAUCACGACAAGCUCAUCGGUUUGUGCCUUACCCUUGUGGACAUGGCUGUGGACAUCCUGCAUCCCGGAGGGACACUGCUGUGUAAAACCUGGGCCGGAAGUAAAAGCCACUUGCUGCAGAAGAGACUGACCCAGGAAUUCCAGAGCACAAGGGUGGUGAAACCAGAGGCCAGCAGGAAAGAGUCUUCGGAGGUGUACCUGUUAGCCACGCAGUACCGUGGGGGGAAGGGCCCCAGGAGGCCGUGAGUCUGCCCUGCCAUUCUGGGAGUACUUCCGGAGGAGCGUGGAUCCAAGCUGCCUUGUGGAUAUGCCAGCACCCCAAGGCACCUCUGCUUUUUAAGAGAAACAAAUAUAUUCAAGGGCUGUGAAAAAGUGCUAAGAAUGGGUACUCACUAUGGCUCAGUGAGUAAAGGGGGAUUGCUGCUAAGCCUGACAGUCUGAGUGCAGUGUCCGGGACCCCAGAGCAGCGAGAGACCCAACCCCACGUGCACACACACACACGCAGGCUGCACACAAUAUGAACAAAUAUAUUGGUACUGUUAGUUUUUGGCAAUUUGUCUGGGAAGAAAGAAUCUGGCUGUGGAAUCCCUCCAUCGGCUCACAGGCCGAGCCAGGGAGACAUUGAUGAGUGACUGACAUGGCAGGGCCCAGCCCUGUGGGGGUGCUGCCACCCCUUGGCAGGUGAACCUGAGUUGUAUGAGAAAGUGGGGUGAGCAAGACUGAGGAGCAAGCCAGUAAGCCGUACCCCACUCCCCAACUCCAGUGGCUGCCUCCAGGUUCCCGCCCUGCGAGCCCACUUUGAUUUCCUUCAGUUAUGGACUAUGGUUGGCAUGAGUGAGGCAAAGAGACCCUUUGCUUCCAAGGCUUUUAAAUGCUGAAAACAAAGCCGUCUUCUCUAUC